AUGAGGUGCCUAGCGUGGAAUUGUCGCGGUCUUCGGAGACCGGCGGCAGAGAGAGCCAUUAAGAGGCUUUCUCAGGGUGAAGGGUUCGAUGUGAUUUACCUGAUGGAAACUAAGGUGGAUGAGGAAUCGAUGUAUGCAAUUACUACGAAAUUGGGAUUUCAAGAAUAUAGAGAUAUUUCUUCUAUGGGCAUGGCUGGGGGGUUUUGUGUUGCUUGGAGAAAGGGUAUCAAGCUGAGUAUUAGAAACAAAUUCAAUUCGGGGUUUGAGUGCCGUAUUGAAGAAGAUCACAAGGAGCCUUGGACUUUAUUCUGUAUCUAUGGGACACCUUAUGGAAGGGAGAAGGGAGCGUUUUGGCGAUGGCUGACAUAUAUAGUCUGUAAUUGUGACACUCGAUGGAUGGUGUGGGGGGAUCUAAAUGUUAUUCUUAAUGAUGAAGAAAAGAAAGGUGGCCGAGAGUUCCACAAUCGUGAAGGGGCUCAUCUGCAGAAUUUCUUGUUGGAAACCAGAGGUGUUGAUCUGGGUUUUAGUGGCCCAAAGUUUACCUGGGUGAAGUCAAGGGGCUCUCAUAACUCCGUGAGGAAACGGCUCGAUAGAGCAGUGGCCUGUGCGCAUUGGUGUCUAAGUUUUCCUGAAGCUUCUGUGGUUCACCAUCCUAUUAUGGCCUCCGAUCACGCCCCCUGGUUCUGGAUACUCAACCAAUGA